AAUCACAAAAAAAAGGAAACACACAGUCGCACAACAGGUACAAACUCAUACGGACUCCACCUUAGGAUCAGAGCACACCUGUCUGUGUAAGUUUUCUUUGGUUCAUGAUUUGCUCUCUUAAGUAUCGAUGGAUCCUGCAUUGCUCCUGAAUCAGGAUGACAGUCCACCUGCUGCGGACUUUCCGUCUGGGAUGUCAACUCACGGCUGCUCUGCGAACAGCCUGAAGUUUAUCUGUGAGUUUAAGCCUGGGCCCGGUCCACCGAAGGCGUCUCGGGAGAAGGAGCACUAUGGCAAUACGGAUUGUGAGUCGGUGUCAGUCAUCCUCCCUGCACAGUGCAGUGUGUACCAACUGCGGCUACGCAUCUGUAUGCAGGCACAGGAACAAAAUUGCCAUCCAGACCCACUUGCUGUAUUGGACCCAGAGAAAUACACUCUGCUAUAUGCCAGGGGGGAAGACUGGUAUGAAGCCUUCGAUGACUGUCAGGUUAUCAGGACGUUAGACAUUCCGUGGUCAUGUGACGACACUGGGCGUCUGUUAGCGCACAUAGUGGUAAAACCGCUGAUGGCAGUUGAUUCAGAGGAGAAGAAGAAACAACAGCAGCGUCUAGCUUAUCUGAUUGGACACAACCUGGAGAAAGAACCGUCUGACAGACUUGGGGAGCUCACAUUCACCCGAAGAACCCUGGCAUCUCCAAGAAGACAAGUGCUAAAGGAUCGGGAUGACGUGUUAUAUGCCACAGAGCCUUGGAUAACAAGUGCCCCCAUUCCAAAUAACCUACAGGACCAGCUCAAUAGAAAGCUACCUGUCACUCUCCAUUUCAUGAACAAGAUCAGCUUCAGCAUAGAGGUGGAUUUUAGUGCAACACCCGAUGUUCUCCUUACAGUAUUCAGGAGGGUGAUGGUAGACCAGGGGCUUGAUUAUGACACUUCUGAUCGUCUGGUGUUAAAAGUCUCUGGGAGGGAGGAGUUUUUAUCUGGAAACUACCCCCUGAGCGAUUUCCUCUGGGUUCGCCAGUGCUUGAAAACCAUUCAAGACCUCCACCUCUCUGUGGUCCCUGUGUCGCAGCUUGUCGAUGAGACUGUCAAGUCUGUGGACUGGCCACUUGUUGAUGGUUCCAGUGGCCAGUUUAGCUCCCACGAUGAUCUCCGGCUCGAAGGGAAGGAUUUGGAUGACAUCUUCAUGAUAUCCUUGUGGGACUGCAACAGAAGACUGAGGGUGAAAUUGCUCGGUUUUGACAUCCCAAAGCUUCCAAGCAAAUGUCCUCAGUCUGUUUAUGUAAAAGCCUCCAUACUUUAUGGUAACAAGGUUCUCUCUUCAGUGUCCUCCCUUCCCAAGACCUUUGCAGAUGAAGUGCUUUGGAAUGAGUGGCUGGACUUUGAUGUUCUCCUCAGUGAUUUGCCACGUGGAGCCAAGCUGGGUUUCACUAUUAUUGCUAGUGAGGGUGACAUCUCCCCAGUAACCAAAGACCUGCAGAAAGAGAAGGGGAAAGUCCUCUACUUUGUCAAUCUUCUCUUAAUUGAUCACAGGUCUGUCCUUAGCCAGGGCCCAUACACCUUGUACAUGUGGCCCUACCCUGACCUGGAAGAAGGGGCCAUUACCUACCAGGCAGACAAGUUGUCUUCUGCUGCUAACCCAGACAUAGCUGAGUCCAUGGCUAUCAGCUUCCUUCUAGACCGCUACAGCUUCCCUGUGGUUCUGCCAAAUAGCUUCAGCUCCUCUGAAUGCUCGGGCAGUCCUGCAUCGAGGUGCACCAUGACCAAAUAUACUGCUUCCUCUAAUGUCCCCUCCUCCUCACCCUCUUCAACCUUCUCACCCACCUCACCCUCCUCACCCAGCACAUAUUUUUCCUCUCUGCAUAUGAAACCUCGCCGGGACUCAUUGACUGAUACUGUAACUCUCAGAUCUACAGUCACCCGCACCAAAAGGGCUGGACUCACAAGGUUCCGUGAGGAGAGCAUCCGCUAUGCCUCAAAUCUACCCCAUUACCUGCGCAAUGUUGAUUGGAUGAACCGCAGAGUAGUUGAGGAUGUCCACUGGCUACUGGAAAACUGGGAUCCGGCAGAACUGGAUGUAACAUUGGCCCUGGAACUAAUAGGCAUGGACUUUCCUGAUUUAAUGGUUAGGAGACUGGCUGUUCAGAAAUUGGAGAGCCUGUCCAAUGAUGAUGUAUUGAAGUAUCUGCUGCAGCUGGUGCAGACCCUCAAAGUGGAAUCUUACCAUGACAGUUUCCUCGCUCGGUUCCUCAUCCGAAGCGCUCUGCGGAGCAAGAGAAUUGGCCAUUUCUUCUUCUGGUAUGUCCGCAGUGAGGUGGCAGGGUGUCUGUACUUCCGCCAGCGCAUGGCUGUGAUUCUGGAGGCUUAUCUGCUGGGCUGUGGUCAGGCCAUGCUUGACAGCUUCACCCAGCAAGUUCAGGCUGUGGAGGCCCUACAGGAGGUUGCUAUAAGGAUUAAAAAUCUCUACCCCGACAAGACCGACCUUACUCCUACAGCUCAUUUCAGGCUUCAAGAGCUUCUUAGAAAUUGUAAUCUGCCAAAUGAAUUCCUGCUGCCCUUUGACCCCCGCAUCAAAGCUGGAAGGAUCCUGUUGGACAAAUCCAAGGUGAUGGCCUCGAAAAAGAAGCCGCUGUGGCUGGAGUUCUCUCCCAUGCCGUCGCCCACCCCUGUCACACCGGUGGGAAUAAUCUUCAAACAGGGGGAUGACCUCCGACAGGACAUGCUGGUCAUUCAGACGUUGGUGGUGAUGGACUCUAUCUGGCAGGAGAAAUCUCUGGACCUUAACCUGGUUCCGUAUGGCUGCAUCUCCACAGGACACAACAUAGGUAUGAUUGAGAUCGUGAGGGAUGCAGUAACCAUCGCCGCCGUCCAGAGGAACCACGGAGGAACGACCGGAGCCUUCAGAAACGAUGCUCUGUAUGAGUGGCUCAAGUCCAAAAGUCCCCUCCAGGAAGUACACUACAACACUUCAGAGAGAUUUGUGAAGUCCUGUGCUGGUUAUUGUGUGGCCACCUACGUGUUGGGCAUAGGAGAUCGACACAAUGACAACAUCAUGAUCACAGACCAAGGGAACCUGUUUCACAUCGACUUUGGUCACAUCCUGGGUAACACCAAACACUUCCUGGUCUGGAACAGGGAGCGUGUACCAUUUGUCCUCACACCUGACUUCCUGUAUGUCAUGGGCAGAGAGAAAGGGAGCAACAGCCUCUACUUUCAGCGCUUCAGGGACACUUGCACCCAGGCAUACCUCUUGCUGCGCUCGCACUCUCGUCUGCUGAUCACUCUUUUCUCCCUCAUGCUGCUGACGGGCAUCCCAGAGCUGAGCACUGCAGAGGACAUGCGCUACCUGCGGGAGGCGCUCCAGGAGCAACAGGGCGAGGCAGAGGCCAAGGAGCAUUUCCUCCAGCAAAUCGCUGAGUGUGAGAAGAUGAGCUGGACUGUUCAGACCAACUGGUGGAUUCACAUGUGGGCAGGCAUCAAGUAGACUGUCGGUGAUUAUGCGACAACCCAAUCACGAUUGUUUUGCGGUUCCUAUUCUGUUAUCUGCUGGCUUGACUGUCUGUGAACAAAGUGACCCAAAGCAGGUUUCAGUUCACAAGGUUUAAUGAGACGCACAAGAACAUAUACAUUUUCUAACAAUCACUCCAUUCACUUUGAUGACAAGUAGAAAGGGACACCACAGGAAGGGAGGACUGGUUCAUGUUAGGGUCAUGCAGAUAAAUCUUCAGGAAGGUAAACAGUAACAAUUUAUGACACAAAUAUAUAAUACCAAUAAAAACAGAAUAGAGAGGCAUUGUUCAGAGUUUUUUAGUUUUCAGUGUUUAUUUUCAUGUAAUAUUAUUGGCUAGCAUCCCUCUUCCUGGCUGUCUUUAUAGGCUUUUAGCACAAAAGAUCCUCUUCCACCUUUCUAAUUGGUAAAAAAAACACUACAAGCAUGAUGGGAUGCUGAAAGGCGAGAAAUGGGCCAGUGUUGCGACGAGCAAGACACAUGCUACAGUAAGAUGCACCCAUAGACUGUAUAUUGAUGCACCAAGUGUGACAUAUUUAAAGGACAGCCAUGUGUCAGAUAUCAUUAGAUGUCAUUGACAAAGUUAUUAGUUCACCAAUGGCUGCUACUUCAGUCUGUAGUUGGCUGCAGCGUUUGCACAACAAAUGUCCCGCAUAAUGAAACCACUUUGCAUCAUGACUCGAGAACUGCAUUGUUUUUCUUUAUGUGUUAAUAUGUAUAACCCAUUUUUGUUGUUUUACAUACAACUUGUAUUAGCAUCCAAAAUGUGUUAUGUAUGUACAGUGGUUUGCAAAUUCAAAGGGGCACUCCACCAAUUUUACUGGAGGGAAUUUUAAAUUUUAUUUGUUAAGUCGUCACUCAUAAUGAACAUUACUGCUGAGCCUGUGACAACAGGCUUCAGGUUUUUGGAACUUGUCCUAAAAUAACAAAACCCUGUGCUGGUUUGAUUUUGACUCUUCUUUUUCACUCUCACUAAUUACCCAACUAAGUAAGUACAAGACUAAAUUGCUGGAGUACCCCCUUGAUGUUUUUUUGCGAAUCCUGUGAAAUGUGAUGUAAAAGAGUCUGACUUCAUUGGUGUUAUGAUCCUCAAAAGCUGUACUAUUUUUGCAUUGAAUAAAAACCUAUGUGACAU